CAAGGUUUGCUUCUCCUGUUUCAUUACCAUUUCCAGAUUAAUUUGUUUCCCGAUUAAUUUUUACAAUACCGGAAUUUACGAAGACACACUGCUAAUUAGAGACAUCCUCCUUUAUGCCAUCUUUUUUUUUAUACCACGGUCGGGAUUUCCUUCUGCAUGUGGCGCCAUGAGUAAACCAGCGAACCAACACGAACCUGCAGAAUGUUGGUCUACCGUUAUGACGUGUGCGCUUGGAACGGCGUGGACGUCCUCGUCGACGGCCAGCUGCAGCACGGGCACGUCAUGAACGUGAUAGACGACGGGUUGUUUGUGAAUUUCGGUUGCCGCGCCGAGUUUAUCCGCUACGGGAAUGUCUUCGAGUGCCGCCAGGCCACGGACCACCCCAACGUGAAACACAGGCCCCCGUCGCACUGGUCGGCAGGGGAAAAAGCCCAGGUCCUCCUGCGCGCUGCUCCCGGCGCCCCCUGGAUAUGGUAUCCAGGAACGAUUGUCGCCCUGGACGAUUACUGCCAGGAUGACGCGGUGUUGGUGGAUGUGCAGUUACCCGGCAGGAUCAUCAGGGAACUGCUGCUCUGCCAACAAGUGCGGGUGCCGCUGUCGGAGGAGGAUUUGGCGCAGCGACGGAUCGUGGACAAGCACUUCGUUAUCCGCUGCUGCCCCUUGCCAGAUGGUUAUGCGGCAGAAGCAUCGCCUCAUCUCACCUGGCACUUCCAAAACGGCGUGCAUGAAGAUGAAGACGUAGUGUGUACGGGAGAGUUCAGUCAGUAUCUGCUGUAUCUACAGUGUCGCACAGCCACCCCCCUGGAAGCCGAAACACUGUGCAAAGUUUAUGCUGCAACGAAGAAUGAUUUGGACCCUAUCUUUCCGGUACAGCCAUUAUCCAACGAAGUCGCGCUUCCGCCAAAUAAAAAGCGUAAAACCGAUGCCCUUCCCCGAAGAAACCUCCCGCUGCCCGUUGAGCUGUUACUUGAGGUGUUCCGCUCGCUGGACUCCGUCGGGCGCGUUCGCUGCCGCCGUGUCAGUGAACUGUGGAACCGGCUUCUCACGACCGAAGCCUACUUCCCGGAAGUCCGCGUAUCCGGACGCAAAGCCGAUGCGCCGGACGAGCUGGAUGAGAACCAGUGGGUGGUGGCCUGCCUGCUGAAAUGCGUGACCUGCCGCACGCGGACGGUAGCUGUCCUACAUCUACAUUUCCCUCAAUCCCUGCGCGCCGCUGCUUUAAUUGGCCACACGCGGCAGGCCGCCCGUCUCCCGACGCUGGUGUUCUACCGCUGCGAGUGGGGCGAUGAUUGGAGCGGUGAAUAUAUCGGUGCAUAUCUGAAGGAUAUGGUGAAGCUGUGGGCGGAUGCCGAGCGGGUGGUGUGGAAGCAGUGCCGCAUCUACGAUCACCAUUUACAGGCGGUUAUUUCGCGGCAAGCUCUCAGCGUCCAGCCGGAUGCUGUUUUGGAGGCGCAGCUGUGGGAUCUCUUCGAGAAGUACCUGGCGCUCAAGAAAUUGCCGGAUUUGCCGGCCUUGGCGCACUGGAUCGCGAAUUGCAUCAGCAAUAAGCGCCGUAAGCAAAUUAAAACUGAACUCAUCAAGGUGAGGAUGUGCCGCAAACCCCUCAACGUAGUACCAGGAACUUACUAUAGCUAGAAGGACUG